CUCACAAGCUUUGUGAAAGAGUUUAUAACACCACCAUUAAACUUAAUUAUUUCGAAAAAGCGACGUGCCCAGGCUCUGUAACUAAACUUUGCUACAGCCAUCUUUUUUAUUGACCUUAACAGUUUGUUCUAAGUAAUGGAUGGUGGACCGACUAGGACUAGCCUAGGCAACAUCCAUCGUCUGAUGUUAGUAAUAUUCCCGGUAAUAUUUUGUAUGUUCAAUCUAUAUGUAUUUAUAUACAGGUAAAAGUUGUAUUAUUAAAUCAGUAAAGAGUGACUUGGUCACUGCUAGACUUUGAUGAAAUCAAAUUUAAAAAAGGUAAAAACUGGAAUAAGACCGCGUACAGCUUGAAGGUCCGAUCUUUCCACCAACCACACACAAAGAGUAGGGCACUCGUACCCUCUAUCCGCAACUGAUAGAGAAUUUGAGAAACAUGGCGGCAAAUUUGAAGAGUUUCCAUUCGUUUCGUGCAAGAUUAGAGAGUUUAGAUUGUCCUUACAUUGAGGAAGUUGAUGAUUCAUGGAUUAGUGAGCUGUUAUUUCAACCCGGAGAACCAAGAAUUCGACUACUGCAGUGGGUUCUUGCAAGACUUGACCCAAAGCUUCAAGAGCUUAUGGAAAACCAGUAUGGACCCUCAGAUACCAAGAUGGAUUCAAGACUUCAAAGAAUACUGCUCGUUACUUCGUCCUUAGGUUUGUGUAGAGUGGAUGAUAUUGAUCUGAUCAGAGGAGCCACAUCAUCUGCGAGGCAGAAUGCAUUCUGGGAUCAGUUGCUGGAUAUUGUUUGCAUAAGUGAUGCAUCGGAAGAUCACAGGAAACAGGAACUCGCCAGUCCUGGCAUUAUCAGUGAGACUUUGCCACUGGAAGAGCAGCUCCACAAUGAUAACAAACUGAUGGAUUCAAUAUCAAAGAUGGACAACCUGUCAGCCAUGUUCGAUGCCAAGUUGAAACUGUUGCCGCCAGAUCUGAUGCGAUUGAUUGACAGCUCUGCCAAGGCUGACGGCUUUGCUGCUGGAGAAAGGCCGCUCCCACCAGACUUACAGAAGCUGCAAGCGGUUGCAGCUCAACUGGCCAUGGACCUAUCGGCUGCCAACUCUCAGCUACUUCUCCUGACACAGAAUUACAACUACCCGAAGCAUGAUGAUCAAGUUAUGAGCACAGUAAGCGAGAUCAUGAAACUGAUCCUGUCCGAGCUUGCCCAACUCAUUACCAGUUUCUCGUACUCCUUCGAGAACGAGAUGAGGCAGUGGUGCAACAAGACGCCACCGAAGCUUACACAGUUGGGACCGACAUUCAAAGCUGUUCACUCGUCACUCCAACAGUUCUCAAUGAUCCUGCAGGGAUUGGCUACAGUGAGAGGUUCAUUCUCAAACUUGAGAAGUGUAUCUACCAGGCAUCCCACAUCAAUGCACAUGGAUACACCAUCAAUGGAUGAAUUUGCUUCUGCAAGUCAGGUCGUCGUGGAGAGCUUCCGGGAGUGCAUAGAUAUCAUGGAGGAGUCGAAUGUUCACCGCAACGGCUGCUGGACCGAGAGCACUUUGCUGAACACAUCUUUAAUCUAGUCAAAAUGCUUAAAAACAAAAUAAAGGUAGUAAACAAUCAUUAAUCUCUUAAUCAUGCUCUAACUAUUUUCGGGGCCAUUUUCAGUCAAAAGAUGUAUUCCACCAAAUCAUGAAAAUGUAUGUAUUGUAUUCUUUUUCUUUCAUUUUUAUUUGAUAUUUCUUGUGAUAUCAUAAACAAAUAAUGAUAAAUUCAAAAAAUAUAGUUUAAUACAUUGUAAGUGAUACAAUCACACAAUGAUGAUAUAUUAUGUUCAAUAAUUUUAUAUGGAGAUCAUAUCUUUAAAUUGUCCAAAUCUUUAUGUAUAUAAAAAACUAGAAAAUUGCAAAGAAUUGUGUUUCACUUCAUUAGGCAAGUCGCAUUUUAUUGUUUCUAUUACACAUACCAUACAAAUAUUUUUGUUGUUAAUUUAUUUAAUAUUUAGACUAGACACAGUUUCACUAACAAGACAGCUACUAUUCUCAUAUGCCUACAAAUAAUAAAAUUAACUUCCUCUACAUACUUAGAUUCUGUCUACGAUUUUACAUUUAUUUAUUUCCUCAAUGCAACAAAAUCAUAUGAAUUACAGUAUAACAAUAAAAAACAUGUACUGUAUAUGAAUAUAGAAAAGUAUAACAAUAAAAAACAUGUACUGUAUAUGAAUAUAGAAAUUCUCACUUAUCAAAACUAAAACAAUGAGAUAAUAUUUUUUGUUGUUGCUCCUUUUCUCAAUCAAUUUCAAUGUUAAUAUUUUGAUUUGCUUAUACUGUAGGGGUAUUGUUUUUGAUAUAUGCAUGCUCUACUAAUCAAAUCAAUUGUUACUAAAACACAAAACACAAUUUUUACAAUUGUAUGACAUUUUAAAAAGAAGUUUUGAAUUGAAAAGAAUAUUGAUAAUUGUAAUUUAAAAUUGGUUUUCUUGUUUGGUUAGAUGUUAUUUAAAGAAAAUAUAUGCAUAUGUUUGAAACUUCGUAGAAUUGUUUCAAUUUGCAUAAUAUUAAUUACUCUUGUCUACUUUGAAUGAAUAUUGGUUUUUGACUGAAGUUUUUUACAAUAAUUUCUGUUAUAUUUUAUAUAAAAGAAAUAUAAGGAAAUUUAUUCUGUUAUAUACUGUAUAUUGUAUUUU